GCUCGUUCGUUGUGUAUUCGUUCCUCCAUUCGCGUGCUGUAUGUCGUGUGAUGUCAUUGUGUACGGUCUAUGGUGACGUUAAGAACGACAAUUAAAGUUGUUAAAUCGCUGCCAUUGCGUGUUUCAUAUCGAAAGAGAUAGAAAUAAACAAAGUAAAACAUGUCAGAGAUCGACGCGAAAGUGAACAUGUCGCUUGAUGAAAUCAUAAAGAUGGAGAAAAAGGAGAAAAAGAAAAAGGCUGGGACUGCCAAUGGAAAAGCUGGCGCUAAACGCACUCGAGGCAGUGCUCGAGGACGGAGCGGACUUAGGGGUAGAGGUGCAAGAGUUAAACGAAAUGUUGGAACUGCUAAGAAAGAGCAAACAUGGCCAGCUCGACAAAAUAAUAAUAAUAAUAACGUUCGUGGUGGUUUUGUAAGGAAACGAUAUAAGAAAAACAAUGGUCUUGCUAGAUCACGAAGCAAUUUGGCAUUGAACCAAAAAUCGAACACGCGAGGAGCAUUUAAUACUCGUCGUGGUCGAGGCAAUAGAUUUGGUUUGACUCGCAGUAGAAGUCGCACAAAUUUGACUUUUACUCAAGGAGGAUUCUUUACAAACAAUAAAAGUACAUUGAAGAGAACGAAUAGUCUACCAAAUCUGCGUGACCCAACCUCGGUUCAUAACCGACUAGGAUAUCAAAGUCCUGCUCAAAUUGCUUAUCGAAAUCGCGUUAAAAGAGCAAAGCAAUUGUUGCUGCAAAGACAGAAUCAGAGAUUAUCUCUACAAAACCAAUUCAGAGUACCACCAGCUGGAAAAUCCUUGUUAUCGCUUCAACAAAGAAGUGCAAUGGAUAGAAGACAACAAAUUUUAACGUCUCAACGUCGCUUCACUACCGGUGGAUUGCGUUCCGAUCAAAUUGCCCGUGCACAAAGGCGUGUACAAUACGAACAAAAAUUAAUGAGAAUGAAUUCUCCACGAAUAAAUGCUAAUUCAAAUGUGAACUUCAUGUGUACAUUGGGCAAUACUCCCAGCACGCAUCAACGAUCUCUUGCUCUUGCACCAAGUCGAAAUGGAAAUGCUGUGAACAGUUUGCGCCAGCUUCCGAGGGGACGUUCACCGUUUAGACAAAAUAUACAAAGUUUGAAUAUGGUUGGUCGAGCUCCUCUAUUUGGUCGACAACGUUCAAGGUCAAGAUCACGCUCUCGUUCUCGCACACGUAACACCCCUUCGUUAGAUGCAGGAGCCGAUGUCGACGAUCGUACUUUCAGCGAAGUCAUGUACAGCUUAUCUGGAAACCUUGGCGUCACAGGAAGAACGCUGAACGAUAGAUUUAGUUUUUGAAAUUAAACAUGAUUUGUUUUGUAUUUAGAAUAUAAGACUGUUAAGGCCAGAAAUGAAGUUUUAUGCUUGAAACAUAGAUGCAAGAAGCAGUUCUGUUUCACAAAUUAUAUGAAUGUUUAAGUUGUGUCACGCGAGGAUGAAAAGUCGUUUUUCGAACCUUCUCGAUUUUUUUCGUUUCAUAUUUUAAGCAGUAUGAAAAUUAUUUUUAAGUUACAGAGCGUAGGUAACUUGUGUUUUGAAUAUAUUUCGAAGUAUUAAAUGCAUCGAAUUUUGAAUUUAAUACUUGCGUUAUCUUUUAUUUCUGACAUCAUAACAUUUUACUUGAAAAAUUGUACAUGUUAUAAAUUACUUUUUCUUUUAUUAUUCUUUUUAUCUUUUUUUCUACUACUUGUGAAGAGAAAGUACGCAAAGAUGAAAUGUCUAUGUUUUAUAGCAAGACACUGCUUCAGAUCUUAUUUUUCUUAAAUAUUAAUCUUUCUAUUGAAGUAUACAGUAACAUUAUUUAAUUUUUGGGAAAGUUAAGUUAGUUUAUCGUUUAUAAUUUCUGUAAUUACAUCUAAAAGGUUGUAGAAAUGUAUAGCCUCGAUAAUAUUCUUUUGAUCGAUGAAGUCAAACGUACAUCCACAGCGUAAAAUGUAACGAUAACAGAAACAGAAUGCUGUAACUGCCUACGAAUUAUCAAAAUUUUAGAAAUCUUGUUAAGGACAUAGUUCCUAAGAUAAGCAUACGUUUGUCUUCGUAAAAGAAAUAUCUGUUAUCAUACCAAGUGGUAUUAACGCAAACAUGACUCAUUAAGAGCGUAUUGAGUUAUAUCUAAUCGUGAUAUACCAAUGAAUUAUAAAUGUGUAAUGUAGCAAUUUCAAUUCUAUUGCAAUUAUUUGAUAGUUGUAAGCGCUUGUAAGGAAAUCAUUGUAAUCGGAUUAUACAUAGAUGUACAAUGUAAAUUGACUUUUUAUAUUUUACUAUAUUAACGUAAUUUAAUACAUGUAUCUUCUACGCAUAUAAAGAGAAUAGAAAAAUCACACGUUUAUUACAAUAAUACAAAAGUUAAUUUCACGAAUGGAGUUUAUUCUUUGUUUAUAAAGUUAAUUAUUUUUCAGUAUUGAACUUAGAAGCAUUUUCUGAAAUUAAAAUGUGAAAGCAACUUUUACUAAACUCGCGACUCGUACGAAAUAUGUAGAGCAUUCUUCGUAAUUCAAGUACUUUUGAAUGGAAACGUUUAUGUGAAACUUGAUAUUAUCUGUACAAAGUGAUAUCAACCAGAGAUGGGCAAUAUUCUUAUCUAGAUAUAAAGUUCGUAUAAAAGAUAAAUAACUUUCGAUCCGUUAUUUGUUGAAUAAAAACUAUAACUCGAAUUAUACGAUGAAUUUAUAUUCCUUGUUUCUCGAAUAAAAGUUUAUCUAAACAAUUAUCCAAUA